AUGUCGUCGGCAACCACAUACACCGCUCACAUCCAAGAGUUCAAGAAGGAUAGAGAACAACUGGAAGCCAACGGUUACAGAUUGCAAUUGGCCAAAGCCGUGUCCACCGACGGCGCUCUGCCGACUUCCAACGUGGUCUAUGCAUCCAGAAUUCUGGCCCCGGAUAUGAGCAUUACCUGGGAAGAGAAUUAUGGUUUCAACUGGGUGCAAGAUAUGUCCAAGCCCGGGGCAAAGGUCACGUAUUCGGGCGAGUGGGUGGCUGUCAAACUGGGCGAGACGUUCAACCUGGAUAAGACAGGCGGCUGGGUCAAGCAGAACGGUGCUGCCUCUGAUGCUAAUGCCCUUAAUAUUGGUUCCAAUGAUUACAAGAUUCCAGUCCAUAUCAUUGUUGGUGUUAAAACCGCGGACAAGGUCACGCCCCAGAACCCGCAAGGCUGGACUCCUAUCUAUGUCAGCCCGAAGCAGAUCCUCGUCAGUGGAAGCGGCCAAUACGUGCCCAAAGAGAACAUCGAGAUUUGGUACGACACCAAGGACGACAGUGCCACGAUGAUCAGCACCCAACAGACAUACAAAGAGGAGUUUGACAUGGCUGGGAAGCCUGAAUGGUGGUUCCACUGGGACCACACCACUGGCAAAUGGCAAGAUCAGGGCUCAGCAUUUCCAGUCCCGUCCACG